GACAACAUACAUGAAACCAGACGCAUCAAGCUGCGAAAAACUGUACGAACUCGGCCACCGUAAAAAUGGACUGUACAAUAUUUAUUUAAACGGAACCACCAAGAUGGAAGUAUACUGUGACAUGGAAAACCCCGGCGGCGGGUGGACGGUGAUUCAGCGGAAUAUGGAUAACCGAACGAAUUUUGAUCGAGAGUGGUUCGAUUAUAAAACUGGGUUUGGAAACAAGAUUGGAAGUUUUUGGAUUGGGUUGGAAAAUAUACGAGCCUUGACAAAGAAUGGAGAUCAGAAGCUUCGAAUCGACAUUACAACAUGCAACAAAACUAAGAUAGUAGCCGAGUAUUCUAAUUUUACGGUUGGUCCGGAGAGCGAGAGGUACAAAUUGUAUGUAUGUGGGUAUCAACAUAAGCAAG